CUUUGGCUUAUCCAAACGACCCAAAAACACCAACCAAAAGUUUCAGUCUUUUCCCAAAAAACAGAGUGACAGAAAGAGAGAGCAAAACAUGGCUCUCCUAUGCUCUUCUACUUGUCUCACCAAUCCACUCUUCUCUUCUUCUUCUUCUUCUUCUUCUUCUUCAUUACCUUCCACCCCGUACAUUUCCAGCUUGCAAGUUAAGCUCAUUGGUCUGCAGCCAAAAUCUUAUGGAGUUCAGAUUCAGAUGCCCUUCAUUGUCAAGAGGAGUGCUUCUGUAGUUGUCAAGGCUUCUUCUGACACUGAUGGAAGUGGCCCCACUGAUGGUAGUGAGGCCCCUUCAGAUGGCAAGGAUGAGGUAGUACCGGUUAACAAGCUUCCCCUGGAGUCAAAGCUGAAGGAGAGGCAGGAGCAGAAGCUGAGGAUGAAAUUGGCUAAGAAAAUUAGGCUUCGGAGGAAGCGGCUCGUUCGGAAGCGAAGAUUGAGAAAGAAAGGCAAUUGGCCUCCUUCAAAGAUGAAGAAGUUGAAGAAUGUCUGAUCUUUAACCUGAGAUCAUCUUGCAGCCGCUUAAACAGAAUCUUACCAAUUUUCUAUUACAUAAUUCAUUUUGCAUGUUGACUGUCUAUUGUGUCAGCAACUUAGCAUCAUAUAUAGUUGGGUCCAUUUUCUAACAGUUUUUUUCAGAAUUGUUGUUACUUAAUAGUACAAUUGAUUGAUCUCUUGUUAUCGAAUUAUGAUAAUGAAAGCCUCUCGUGCCGUUCUUUGGUUAUUAUUCAAAACACAACUUGCUCGAAGUUUUGGGAAUUUUAGGAAAGGAAGUUGAUAAUAUGGUUAUUAAGAUCACAUUGUUUAAAAAAUCUGAAUUACUAGUCUGAUAAGGACUCUGGAAUUGGAAGUUGGCACAAGCCAAGCCUCAAACUGUUGUUUUGUUAUCUAUAUUUUGAUAAUAGAAGAUUUGUUAUUGCAUAUUCAUCUGCCAAAUCAUGUUGGUUUUUCUCGAACCAAGACCUGGAGUUAUUACAAAUGAUUAUUGCCAUUUGGGCUAUCCUCAAACCUUGAGGUUAGUGCGACUGAUCAUUGCUAUUUAGGCUAUCCUCAAUAGACAAGCUAUCCUUAAAGAGAUAGAAUGCUCUUGUUCUUAAUAGUAACCUGUUUAUAAAAUUAGGUAUGCAGUAUCGUUUUUCAUUUUAUUUUAUUUAUUAUAUCUAUUUCAUCUACACAAAUUACAUCGCUAUUGAACCCUUUUUCAUUUUUUAUUUUUCUAUUUUAAAGUAUCAUUAUUAUUAUUAUUAUUUUUUAUUUUGAAGGAUCAUUAAUCUCUCGCUGUAAAUCAUCAAUCAUCAUUGGUGAUCACAUUUGAAUUAAAAUUUCAGUUGAUUCUCAUAUGGUAAAAUAUUAAUAACUUUAACUACGUCAAUAUAAAACAAAUGGUCGUGUUGGGAAAAAAAGAGAAAAAUCUAAAACAAACGGUGUCAUUUCUAAUGGAUAAAUUUUAAAAUCAAUAUGCAUUUACUGCAAUUAUAAUUUUCAAGAGAAAUCAAUUAUAUAUUAUCCCCCAUUCUUCAUUGAUUCCCACUUCUGCCUUUUCAAUUUACAUCUACAAAUUGUACACCCACCACCAUACAUUAAGUUCUAAAGAGAUUCAUAUUCUAUAUACAGAGGAUUUGGAAAGAGUAAAAUAUUCCAAAGAUGGGAAACCAUGCAAGGAAACAUUUUUAUCUCAAACUUUUUUCUAUUUUUUUUAACA